AUGUCCAGGACACCCUUCAGCGGCUUCAUGGGCGGCGGCUCGCGACAACCUCAAGGUGGCGGCCAGCAGCCUCCUCCUCGGGCGCCUUACGGAGGAGGUGACCCUUACCAGCAACAGCAGGGCUACGGCGCGCGAUACAACGACCCUAGGAUGCAGCAGCAGCCUCCUCAAGGAUACCAGGGCGGCGGUGGUCAGCCCCGGUAUGCUGAGAAGGGCCCCUCUGGCGGUGGUCGACAGGUCCCUCUCCGAGUUGAAAAGGUCACAGACAAGUCUCUGCAGUCGCGACUGAUCUACGGUAAUUUGUGUGCCGUUUCUCCCGACGACUUCCCUCCCAGCCGCGACGGAUCCGAUCUCUACGUCCUCCUCCGAGGUGGCCAGCCCGCCGGCGAAUACGUUGUUUCAGCAAAGCCAGUCCCUGGGUUCCCCUCGGGCUGCAUCAGUCUAUCAGACCCCCAACGAUCAUGGGCUGGCAUCACCAUGAGAGAUCAAUUUACCGGAGAGAUCUAUGACCCAUUCGGGUCAGGAGGAAAGGCGUAUCUCGGAUCUCUUGAUCUAGAGAUUGGUUUCGCUUCCCCCAACAAGAAGACCGAGGUCCCAUACGACGAGGAUGAGCUGUCCAAGAUCUUUAUCGACACAUACCAGAACCAGGUGCUCUCUCCUGGCGAGCGCAUCCUGAUGGACGUCCGAAACAUUCCCCUCCUGAUCGUUGUCAAGACGGUUGGCCUGACUGACUUGGCCAUGUCUUCCGACGACUCGAGCAAGAAGGUUUACAGAGAACCUCACGCCAGAGGUAUUCUGACGACCCAGACCCGGGUGCUGUUCCAUCGCGAUGGAAAGGGCGACUUUAACCUGAAGCCAUCCAUGUCGAAGCCCAAUUCUAACGCUAUUCUGGCCCCUGACUUCAAGUUCGAGGAUAUGGGUAUCGGUGGUUUGGGUGACGAGUUUGCCACUAUUUUCCGCCGAGCGUUUGCUUCUCGUGUCUUCCCACCUGGCCUUGUGGCCAAGAUUGGUAUUCCUCACGUCAAGGGAAUGCUGCUCUACGGUCCUCCUGGAACCGGAAAGACGCUUAUUGCUAGGCAGAUUGGCAAGAUGCUGAAUGCCAGGCCACCCAAGGUCAUCAACGGUCCCGAGGUGCUCAACAAGUACGUUGGUCAGUCUGAAGAGAACAUCCGAAAGCUGUUCGCAGACGCAGAGAAGGAAUACAAGGAGAAGGGCGAUGAGAGCAGCUUGCACAUCAUCAUCUUUGAUGAGCUGGACGCCGUCUGCAAGCAGCGAGGCUCAGGAGCUGGCGGUGGUACCGGUGUUGGUGACAGUGUGGUGAACCAGCUUCUCUCCAAGCUCGAUGGUGUGGACCAGCUCAACAACAUUCUCCUUAUUGGAAUGACCAACCGAAAGGACAUGAUUGAUGAUGCCCUUCUGCGACCUGGUCGUCUGGAGGUGCAUCUAGAGAUCUCGCUUCCCGACGAGGAGGGUCGACUUGAGAUUCUCAAGAUUCACACUGGAAAGAUGAGGACCAACAACCUUCUGGACCCCAACGUCGACAUGGAAGAGCUCGCCGGUCUGACCAAGAACUUUUCGGGUGCCGAGAUCAACGGUCUGGUAAAGGCUGCGGCGUCUUUCGCCUUCUCGAGACACACCGAAGUUGGUCAGCUGGCUGCCGUGAAGCAGGAUGUGGCCAACAUGAAGGUCAAGCGCGAGGACUUUAUGAAUGCUCUGACUGAGGUCCGACCCGCAUACGGUGUCUCCGAGGCAGAGCUGGAGGAGGCUGUUCGCCUGGGCAUCAUUCCUUAUGCGCCUCACAUCAACUCGACUAUCCAGGAGAUGAUGCGUGUUGUGGGCAUGAUCAAGGAGGAUCCCAACAAGUUCAGCACGUCAGUCCUGUUCCACGGCCCCAAGGCGUCAGGAAAGACGGCCCUGGCGGCGCAUAUUGCUAUGCAGUCCGGAUUCCCCUUUGUCAAGAUGGUUACACCAGCAGACCUGGUGGGAUACCGCGACGAGUUUGCCAAGAAGGACUACCUUCACAAGGCCUUUACGGAUGCCUACAAGUCGCCUGCUAGUAUUCUGAUCCUAGACGACUUUGAGCGCAUGAUUGGAUGGAACCCCAUUGGACCCCGUUUCUCCAACGUGAUGCUCGAGGCUUUGACAACUCUGCUUGUCUCUAAGCCACCCAAGGGCCACCGUCUCUUAAUCUUUGUGACAACCUCCAAGGCGUCAGUCCUCAAGAUGCUCGAAAUCGAUAUGGACUUUGCCAAGAAGGUGGCGGUACCGGCCGUGUCGACGCUCCGUGACCUGGCCACAGUUCUGCAAGAGUCAAGGGUAUUCAACUCGGGCGAUGUCAAUGCGACGCUCAACGAGAUCCAACGACUGACGGGCUCGGACCGCGUGGGAGUGGGUAUCAAGACGGUGCUAGACUGCAUCUUUGAGGCUAAGGCCGGCGGACCCGAGUCCAACGUGGUAGAGACAUUUACCGAGCUACUGGUGGAGAAGAUCCAGGAAUUGAGCGUUUAA